CCCCGGCGGCGGCGACGACUCUACCUGACCUGGCCUGCGGCCGCCCGCUUUCCCAGCCAGCACGCCAUCCAGCCGCCGUCGCCAUAGCCGUUGUCCCUCUCUGAUCGUCGGGUCUCGGCCAGAUCCGGGGGCACCGGGCUCCGCAGAGGCCCUAGAUUGCGUCGCGUGGGAUGCCGCGCGACUUGUCGCGGUCGCGGUCGCCGCCGCGCCGGCGCCGGCGGUCGCCGUCCCCCGCGCGGUACCACGGCCGGAGGGGGCGCAGGGACCGAAGCCCGAGCCCCGUCCGUAGCAGAUCCCCCUAUCGCCCCGCGUAUAGAAGGAGGAGCCCUUCACAUUCCCCAAGAAGGCGCAAGAGCCGUUCUCCGUCUCCUAGGAGGCGCAAGAGUCGGUCUCCAUCACAAAAGCGUUACGGAAGAAAGAGAAGUCCGAGUGUCACUAGCUCUCCAAUCACCGCAUCUCAAAGUUCCCACCUUGGGUUGGCGGAGAAUAAGAAUGCUACUGAUAAGCAAAGGCUAGAAGAAGAAAAGAAAAGGCGACAAAAAGAAGUUGAACUGAGACUAUUAGAGGAGGAAACGGCAAAAAGAGUUGAGCAGGCUAUUAGGAAAAAAGUUGAGGAGAGUUUGAAUUGUGAGGAAAUUAAGCAUGAAAUACAACGGCGAAUUGAGGAAGGGCGAAAAAGGAUAUUUGAGGAGGUAGCGAUCCAGAUUGAGAAAGAAAAGGAGGCAGCUUUAAAUGAAGCCAGGCAGAAAGCGGAACGAGAAAAACAGGAGCGGGAGGAGCAAGAGAAGAAGCUUGAAGAAGAACGAAAGAAAGCCGAAGAGGCAUUGAUGAAAGAAGCGAUGGAACAGCAGCAGAAAGAGCUAGAGCGGUAUCAGGAGCUAGAGAGGCUUCAGAAAGAAAGGGAGGAGGCCAUGAAGCGGAAACAGAUGGAGGAAGAGCAGCACAGGCAGAACCAGAUGAAGCUGCUGGGCAAGAACAAGUCGCGGCCAAAGCUGUCGUUCGCUCUUGGAAUGAAGUAGCAUCUGGUUCACCAUAGUGAAACUAGCAUUUUAAUUUAUCUGUAACCGUGAAUCUGUGUAUGAAACCGCCCAUGUGUUCCGCAGACAAUUGCAAUGUGUUAAUUGUUCUUGAUCUGCUG